UUCAUGUUUCUCUAGGCUGUCCACUCCUUCAACACCUAAAACACCAUCAUAAUUAUCUUGAGUGAGAUAAGAGGAACAGAGAGGAAGACAGCCAAUAGGAGGACAACCACCAUGAAUCACAAGGUUGAAGAUCACAUAGCACUCAUAUCUCAAUUGUACCCCGGUUUAUACACUCAAAUGGUUCCAAAACAAGGUGAAUCUAAACCACGAAGAAGGCGAAAGAAGAACACAGGAGAAGGUGCUAGUGGCGCAAGGAAGAGGAAACUUAGUGCUGAGCAAGUUAAUUUCCUAGAAAUGAAUUUUGGUGAUGAACAUAAGUUGGAAACCGAGAGGAAGGACAAGCUUGCUUCAGAUUUGGGACUUGAUCCUCGUCAAGUUGCGGUUUGGUUUCAAAACCGAAGGGCAAGGUGGAAAAACAAGAAGCUAGAGGAGGAAUACACAAAGUUGAAGACAGCCCAUGAGAGCAUAGUUGUCGAGAAAUGCCAGCUUGAAUCCGAGGUUUUAAAGCUCAAGGAACAACUCUCAAGAACAGAAAAGGAGAUCCAAAGGCUAUCAGACCGUGCUGAUAGGGUUUCCACCAACAGUCCCAGUUCAUCCCUGUCAAUGGCCAUGGAGCCCCCAUUUCUGGGAGAAUUUGCAGUACUGGAAGGAUGUGAAGAUGCUUUCUACAUGCCACCAGAAAACAAUUACAUUCCCGGAAUGGAAUGGAUUAAUCAGUAUAUGUGA